CUAUUGACCUGGGUCGAUCUCUUGAUUUCUCUUGUCAUUAACAAUUUGUCAGCAAAUAUCACAGAUACACCUAUAACUACAGCUGCCAGUAGCUCACCUGUGCUUGGAUUAUUGAUCCAGACCCAAGCUCUUUUGUUGGAUAGUUUGGCUACCCCAGACGAAAAGAGGACGAUCGGCAAGAGUUCAUUUGCAGAUGUCAGACGUUGCAUUAGACAGAACCACACAUUAAUCCCAGCAUUUUUCGAAAUCGCAUUCUCAAACGCACAGACCUGUGUACCUCAAUACCGCAAUGCAGUCCUCAUCGGCACCAUUGUCGACACCAGUCUGCGGCUAAAGACUGCCACAAACGGCGUCCAGAUGGUCGAGGAUCAAAAGUCAAAGCUGACCGACUACUACCUCAAAAACAUCGUUUCAUCCAAAACUCCAUCUGUUCCUGAAUCAGUCCUGGAUUCCUUUAACGAUUUCUUCAACAAGGUCAUCUCCAGAGACGAUUUCGUGCAACAGUACGUGCCUGCCCUAGAGAAGAUGAUGCUCAGAUCCCCCGAAAUUGUUUUACCAGCAUUGUCUCGUAUCAUCCCUUCCUUGUCCUUUGAUAUUUCCAGCAUCUUUGCCGAAAAAUGGCUCGAACCUCUCCUGAACCACCUGCGUUCCACAUCUGCCGCAGUCCGCACUGGAGCCACCAUUCUCUGGAACGCCCUGACCCUGGUGUCACACGAACUCGAACCCUUGACAAAGAUCGUCAGCGAACUCACGAAGCUCUUGAUUUCCGGUAAGGUUAGUUCCUGGGAACACCGUGUGGUUGUCUACCAUGCACUCUCGGCCCUGGCCCAGGCUGCCGAGCCUUUGGUCAGCCAAAAGGCCCUCGAGGGAUACUUUACGAUGAUGGCCAAGGAGUCCAACGAGCAGGCCAUGUCUGCUGCGGUCGAUGGUGUCGGACGUCACCUGACCGUCCUGAUCUACAACGACGAAUACUGCUCUUCGCACAAGGACAUCGUCGACAAGGCCGUCAAGGUUUCUUCGGAAGGACUUACGGCACCCAAAGCCUUGGUCCGCAAGAGUUGGGCUCUUGCGGUCGGCCACACCCUCUGGGACCGCAAACAAGACACCAUCCAGACCAGCCAGACCUUGAGCGCCAAUGUGAUCAAGUACCUCCAGGCUCUUUUCACAACCUUUGACAAGAUUUCCGACAAGCCUCUUGUCUGGAAAGACGGACCUCUGGAAGCCUAUGUUCUGGUUGCCGUCAUCUCGGGUCGCCUCGAACAGUGGCCUACUUUACCUCAGCCGGUAACCGACCUGCUCAAGAAACACAAGUAUCCUUCGUCGGUCUUGGUCACCACACCCAAGCCGAGCUUCUUGCUCUGGGACCGCAUCUACACAAAGGCAAUCGCUCCCGAAGAAGGUCUCUGGCUGGUCAGAGCUCUGACAAACGUCUUUGAAAACGAGAUCCAGGCAUCUUUGGAAAAGAGCGGAGCUGGAUACCUCUGCGCACAGGCCUUGAUCUGGAUCAUCACCAGCCAUCCCGAACACACCGUCAGAAGAGCAGCAUACGAAGAGACAUCGGUCAUUUCUGCCAAGAAGCCCGAGAUGCUCUGUACAUUUAUGAAGCUAGCCCUGAAGCAGUGGUUAUUGGAUACAAAGGAUUCUACUGCAGUUGCUGCCCACAGUGCCGAAAACUUCAACUCUGAACUUUCUACUUAUCGCCUUGCCAGUGUAUUGAAGACCAUUACUUCCUUUGACCGUGACAUUCCUGCCGAAAUCAAAAAAAAGGAAUUGGUAGAGCUUAUGAUCUUGUCUCAUCACAAAUAUAUUGCUUCUCCUUCUGACAAGUACAACUGGAUCACUUUGGUUCAACGUGUAAAUGUUGACCCUGGAAAGUUGGUCAAGACUCACUUUGAGAGAAUCAAGGAUAUUUUGAUGGAAACUCUUCUUGACAGAAAAAAGUCCGAGUUGUUUUAUGAAGCAGCCAUUUCUGCAAUCUCCACCUUGGUGUUCAUUUCACCAAACUCGAUCCCUGCAUUUAUAGAUAUCAUCAAGGCAAACCUGGACACUAGUCUGAUGAAGGGUAUCAAUGAAUUGGAGUACAACAUCUGGCAGACUCCUGCCGAUCAGGUUUAUGUUGAUGUUCUCAAAAAGAACAAGUCUGUUGUAUCUGACAACCGUAACCGCAAGGGAUACGAAGACCAAAAGUGGGAAGAGGAGCUGCGUGCCGAGCUGGCCAAGAAGAAGGGUAUCACCACCGCCCAGAAGCUUACCCGUGAAGAGCAGGUCAUUCUUGACGCCCAGCGUAAAAAGGAACACGAGAUCCGCGACCACGUGCAGCAGGUCUACGAAAAGAUCACUCUCGGACUCCACAUCGUGCGUGCCCUGGUCUCCGGCAAUGUCGAGGCACUCUCGGACCACCUUGUUAUCCUGGUGCGCGUCCUGCUUGACCUGGCCACCAAAAAGAAUGCCGGUCUUUUGGUCGGCCACGACAUCACCAACACUUACCUCCAGAUCGGCCUCUGCGUCACCGAUAGCAUUCUUCCGAUCCGUGAAGCCAUCGGUCUGGCCACCUUGCGUUCCAACAACGUAGACCAGAUCCCGUCCCGCUGGCUCGACGAGCCCCUGGGAGACCUGGUGGCCCGCAUUCUUUAUCGCCUGCGCUUCAUCACCGAAAGCCAGCCUUUGCCACCUUCGUCGUUUGCCUACUGUUUCCCCGUACUCCAGCAGGUGCUUGUCCAGGGCGGCAUCGACUGUCCCGAGGACGAGGACGAGGACAGCGAAAAUGAGUUGGCCCAGAUCACCAUGGCGAUCGACAUCAUUGGCUUCCACUGCCCCCAGGGUGACUCGACAAUCUUGCCUCGAAAGGAGAUGAUCAACGGUCUGUUGCUGAGCAUCAAGGAGUACCCCCAGUGCACCAAGAGCGCCAAGUUGGCCUUGAUUUCCUUGUGUGAGGCCAUGGCCGACAAUGUCACUCUUGAUGAAAUCAAUGCCUUGCUCAACGGUCUCUUGUCAAACGAAUCACUUGUUCGCCAUGCAGCUCUACAGGGUUUGGAGCUUCUUGAUUUGACAGAUAUUGACUACUCACCCGAACUUUGGGUCGCAUGUCACGAUGACAAUGAGACAAACGCCGAGUUGGCAAAGAUCCAAUGGCAAGACAAUGCCAUGGAGGUUGACGAGGCUUACAAAGGACAAUUGCUGGACUAUGCUGUUUCCGACAUUGCCUUUGUCAGAUCUGCUGCCAGUCGAUCCAUUGCUGAGGCAUUAGAACACUAUCCUGAAACUGCCACUGAUACUCUCGAGGCCAUCUAUGCCUUGUACAAGAAAAAGGCUGCUCCUCUUGAUCCUGAAUUCGAUCAAUACGGCAUGGUCAUUCCCGAAACUCUCAACCGUCAGGACCCCUGGCAAGCACGCUCUGGCUUGGCCAUCACAUUAAAGGCCUCUGCUCCUUACAUCUCGCUCGAAGACGCCCUGAGCCUCUCCAGAUUCCUUAUCAACGACGAGGCCCUGGGUGACCGCGACGAAGGUGUCCGCAAGCUGAUGGUUGAAGCCGGUCUGGCCGCAAUCAAGACCUACGGCAAGGACUCUGUCCAGGACUUCCUGAAGAUCUAUGAGACCUACCUCAACACCAAGGCUCCUAACAACCAGACCCAUGACUACAUUCGCCAGUCAGCCGUCAUUCUCUACGGCGGUGCUGCGGGUUACUUGCAACAGGGCGACCCCAAGGUCCGUACUGCGGUCGACAAGCUCAUCGAGACUCUCGAGACACCUUCCGAGGUCGUCCAGAGUGCCGUGUCCGAGUGCCUUCCACCUCUGAUCAAGAUGAUCAAGGAAGACGUGCCCGCGAUUUCCGAAACCUUGUUGGACAGGCUGUUCAGAAGCGAAAAGUACGCCGGUCGCCGUGGUGCGGCCUAUGGUCUGGCUGGUGUGGUCAAGGGCCGUGGUAUCACUGCGCUCAAGGAAUGCAGCAUCAUGUCCAAGCUCAAGGACGCCAUUGAUUUCAAGCGCCCUUACGAGUACAAGCAGGGUGCCCUGUUUGCAUUCGAGACUCUGUCGGCUACUCUGGGCCGUCUGUUUGAACCCUACAUCAUCCAGGUCAUUCCUCUUCUUCUUGUUUGCUUCGGCGACACCAACCUCGACGUCAGAGAGGCCACCUCAGAUACCGCGCGUGUUAUUAUGAGCAAGAUCAGUGGUCACUGUGUCAAGCUCAUCUUGCCCUCGAUCCUGACCGGUCUCGACGACCGCCAGUGGCGUACCAAGAAGGCCUCGGUCGAGCUUUUGGGUGCCAUGGCCUACUGUGCCCCCAAGCAGCUCUCUGUGUCUCUUCCGAACAUCAUUCCUCGCAUUACCGAAGUCUUGGCCGACACCCACGCCCAGGUCCAGACCGCCGCCAACCGCUCGCUGCACCAGUUCGGUGAGGUGAUCAGCAACCCCGAGAUCCAGGAGCUUGUGCCUGUCUUGCUCGAGGCUCUGAGCGACCCGAACUCAAAGACCAUGGGUGCUCUGUCUGCUCUUCUGCGCACCUCGUUUGUCCAUUACAUCGACCCGCCUUCGCUGGCCCUGGUCAUGCCGAUCCUCGAACGUGGUCUGCGUGAGCGCGGUACCGAAGUCAAGACCAAGGCUGCCCAGAUUGUCGGCAACAUGGCUUCGCUGACCGACCAAAAAGAUCUGAUUCCUUACUUGCCCUUGGUUUUGCCGGGCGUCAAGGCUGUCCUGGCCGACCCUGUUCCGGAUGCCCGCGGCACGGCCGCAAAGGCGCUCGGCUGCCUGGUCGAGAAGAUGGGCGAGGACAACUUCGUCGGACUUGUGCCCGAGCUGUUGGAUACCCUCAAGACCGACACCGGCAGUGUCGACCGCCAGGGUGCUGCCCAGGGUCUUUCCGAGGUCCUGGCCGGUCUUGGUCUCGAGCGCCUGGACGGUCUGUUGCCCGAGAUCAUCUCGAAUGCCGACAGUCCUCGUGCCUAUGUCCGCGAAGGCUUCAUUUCGCUCCUCAUUUACUUGCCUGCAACCUUUGGCACCCGCUUCCAGCCUUACCUGGGCCGCAUCAUUCCUCCGAUCCUGGUCGGUCUUGCGGACGAGUCCGAGUUCGUGCGCGAGGCCUCACUGCGUGCCGGUCGCAUGAUCGUGACCAACUAUGCCACCAAGGCUGUCGACCUGUUGCUGCCCGAACUCGAAAAAGGUCUGUUCGACAACAACUGGCGUAUUCGCCAGAGUUCGGUCCAGCUUGUCGGAGAUCUUCUGUUCCGUAUCACUGGUACAGUUGGUCCCAAGGGAUCCAAGGGAUUGGGUAACUACGAAGAAAUCAAACCCGAUGACGAUGGUGAUGAGGAUUACGGAGCCGACGAAGGAAAAAAGAAGCAGUUGUUGGAUAUUCUUGGCAAGGAGAGACGCGAUCGUAUUUUGGCUGCCCUUUAUAUUGUUCGCCAGGAUGCUUCUGGUAUUGUUCGCCAGGCUUCUCUCCAGGUCUGGAAGGCAUUGGUUAGCAACACUCCUCGUACCCUUAAGGAUAUUUUGGGUACUAUGAUGUCGAUGAUUAUUGCCAAUCUGUCGAGUGACAAUUACGAGCAGCGCGCAGUGGCUGGUCGUACCUUGUCCGAACUUGUUAUCAAGUUGGGUGAGAAUGUAUUCACCGAGACCUUGCCUCUUCUUGAAGAGUGCAUGGAUUCCAAGGACGAGGCUGUACGAAUGGGUGUCACUGUUGCAUUCAGUGAGAUCAUGGCUGCUGCAGGAAAGGUCCAGGUGCUUGACUUUGCUGAACGUAUUAUUCCUACUAUCCGCAAGGCAUUGUGUGAUCCCUCAGCUGAGGUCAGAGAAGCUGCUGCUCAAGCCUUUGACACUCUUCACCAGAACGUUGGUGCCAGAGCCAUUGACGAUAUUCUUCCAUCUCUACUCAACCAGCUCGAGUCAUCGGACGAUUCUUCGGUCUAUGCACUUUCGGCACUCAAGGAAAUCAUGGCUGUCCGUGCUAACGUGGUCUUCCCUGUCCUUAUCCCAACCUUACUGGCUGUCCCGAUUACUGCGUUCAACGCACGUGCCUUAGGAUCGCUUGUCACAGUUGCCGGUUCUGCACUGAACAGACGCCUGACAACCAUCCUGUCUGCGCUUGUGGAGUCUAGAAUGGUCGAAGAGGACGAGGAGGUCCUGGAGCAAUUGACGAUCACGACCAACACCUUGAUGAUGUCAAUCGAAGACGAGGAGGGACUUGAUACUCUCAUGACCACUCUCCAGGAAUACGUCCGCAGUGACUUCCCCGAGAAGAGAGCCUGUGCAUGUGACAUCACGGCUGCAUUCUACACCCAGAGUGAGCUCGACGCAUCAGAGUAUGUGCCUAACUGGCUUGAUCUCUUGAUCACCCUCCUCGGUGAUCGUUCGCCAAAGGUCGUGCCUGCUGCCUGGAGAGCACUCAGCGCAAUCACAAAGUCUGUCCCCAAGGACGAGUACGAAGAACUUGUUGCACCUGUCCGCAGAUCCGUUCGCCGUGUUGGUGUUGCUGGCUGUGAUGUUGCCGGUUUCUGUCUCCCCAAGGGUAUCAGCCCUAUUCUGCCCAUCUUCUUGCAAGGUCUUAUGUACGGAAACACAGAGUGCCGUGAAUUGUCUGCCCUUGGUGUUGGUGAUCUCAUUGAUCGUACAUCACCUGAUGCUCUUAAGCCAUUUGUUACUCAAAUCACUGGUCCUCUCAUUCGUAUUGCUGGUGAUCGUCAUCCUUCCCAGGUCAAGGCUGCCAUUUUACAAACAUUGAGUUUGCUUCUGACAAAGGUACCAAUGCACUUGAGACCAUUCAUGCCUCAGCUCCAGCGUACCUUCACAAAGGCUAUUUCUGAUGCUACUGAUGACCUUGUGCGUGAACGUGCCGAAGAAGCACUUGAGCUGUGGAAGAAGAUUGGCUCAGCAUCUGCUCGUCCUGAAAAGAAACCUCUUGCUGCCUAAAUCAGACCAACAAAGCAAUGAAUGAACAUGAAACAAUUACAACUACACUCCACUACACUACGCUACACUAAAACUACAUUACAAUACUAUAUAAAAAAUACUAAAAAAGAAAUCUUUAC